UAUAUUGAAUUUCGAUUACUAGCAUGUCUUUAGUAGCAGUCCUAUGAUUAAGAGGAAUCGAUUGACGUAUAAAUCAUCAAAAUCAGUCCACGCGUUUGGUAUCCAGUGUGCCACAAAGUAACAUACAUACAUAUAUAGACUGUUAAACACUACAGGGUAUACCUGUUUGCACGUCGCGCUUCGCGCUAUUGCAUUGCGCAUUUGGGUAAAAACAGUACCAACAUGCAAAAUUAAUAAAAUAUAAAAGCAACAAUAUAUUACUAAUAUGAAUAUUAUGUGCCUAAUGAAGCUAUACUAUAGCUUUUCAUGUAUCAAAUAGCUGGUAUACAAGUGGCAAACAAAUAGAAAACAGAAAUUCUAUAGAAACUACUAUUGUUUUCGUUUCUCAGAAUUUAAUUAAAGAGCGCGUGUUCCGUCGCAUUACUAGUUAUUGUACUGUACUGUGUGUACUGUAGAUACUGAUGAGUAUAUGAAAAUAGUUCAAUGUAGUAGGUAGUUAUAGCUACCUAUCUCUAUUUAUGUAAAUAAUGGUAUAGAUUAUUGCAGAGUAGAAAGACCGAAGGUAUCUGUUAGAAAGAAUCAUCGAAGUAUGUGGGGAAGAGAGGAGGGGUAACCAUCUUCAAAAAAAAAACCAAACUUGGUGUGCACGAAUUUUUUCCCCCUUAAUGGCGGACAUUAUCUAAUUUCCAUGGAGUAGGGGAUUGGGUCAGGGUAGGCAAUGGCGAGUGAUAUUUUAGUAUCGCUGUAUCGCAAGCCUUUAUAUGCUAUGAUUAGGGCUGCCACCUUUUUUGUCGAAAUAAAGUACAUUGGAUAUUAAAGGUAGAAAAAAAAGUACAUUGUGUCCAAAGUCAAGUACUUUUUUCCACUUUAUUAGUAAGCUUAAAAUAUGUUUUACGUUGCUACUAGCAACUUUUAAUAAAUAAUUUGCGGCUACUGUAGUUUUUUCCGCAAUGGGAAAGGUCAUGAUACAAAGGCAUACAGCCACGAAAAAUGUUGCAGGAAUUAGCUAAGGGCAACAUAUUCAUACUUUCUGUCCGUUUUAGGCAAAAAUUCUUCCUAUCAACCUCUUUUUGUAUAUUUUAUGUAAAAUAAAUCUGCGAGUAAUCAAAUUACAUUAAAAUACUUUAUAUUUUCGCGUAUUUUUUUGUUGGCAUAAAGUAUAGAGUACAAUUACCCAAAAUAACGUACAAUACUUUAUAAUAAAAUACGGGUGGCAACCCUAGCUAUGAUGGCCGCUUACCACAAGUUGCGCUUUAUGUUUGUUUGCCACCGUCUUACCAAAAAAAAAAAAUGCAAGCAGCGCAGUACGUAGACCGGACCAAACACAUGUAUUUUGUUGCGCUCUUGGAGUAGUGGACUGUAGUUUUUGGUUGCAGAGGAAAACCACCGGUUGCAGAGAUACGAUAUUUUAUUAUAAAAUAUACACAGCACAUGUAAUCGCACAAGAACGAAAUUAUGCAGAGGGAUGGUAAAAGGGAAACGGAAAACAAAAUAACAUUUUUAAAAUAAAAAUUUGUGCUGCCAGCAACAUAUUUAAACAUUUGGCUGAGCACGACCGAAAAAGAAAAGGCAAUAUACCUAUGACAGGACUGAUGGUAGCAAGUAAACUAUUGAGCUACUGUUAAUAUCAAAACUUAAAUUUAAAUGAACUUUCAAUACCUAUUAGGAAUUAAAUAAGAUAUACUUAAGAUCCACCCUAAAUUCCUGUUUAAGUAGAUACAAAUACGAUAUUUGCUAUUGCACAUAAAAAACGGAGUGGUUACUUUUUACCUCAGAACCUCAGAACAAGUUAUUCACUAAAGCAUUCUACAUACAAUAAAUAUCGUUGAUAUUCUAAGGGCGUAGGUAUACUCAUGUAUCAACAUAACUGUGUACCAAAUUGUAAUAUAAUACUUAGUAAAUACCAGGUAUUUAAUUCGAAUAAUUAGUGCUAAGGAAAAAAAACAAGUUUUAUUUUAAAAAGAAUUUUGUAAUAACUAUAACACAGGGUGGCGUAAAAGUCUAUCGGAAGAUAUUAUAAUUAUUGCAAAUUGCCAUUCAUAUUUGACAUUUAUGAACUAAAUAAAUGCAGAAUACAAACAUAUAAGCAAUGGAGCACGAUACUCCGCAGGAGCGUGAACAUUGUGUGGUUUCAACAAGACGGUGCAACCGCACAAACAGCACGAUUUCAUUAAUUUCAAAGAUUUGGCAUGGCUAGCAACUUCUUUCUUUGAGGCUACUUGAAGUCUCCGGUUUGCCAAGAAGCCACAGAAAAUUGCAGCCUUUACAGAGUCAUUCGACAGGAAUGCGAACAGUUAUCACUGGAAAUCUUGCGGAAAUCAUGAAGAGUGCGACAAAACGGGUACAAUGUGUAUCAACACUAACAGCUGCCAAUUAACGGAUAUCAUCAUUCUAACAAAUAGAAAAUGAUUUAAAGGUCCUAAAAAUGAAGAUUUCCAACUCCCAAAAUAUAUUAUUUUUAUUUAUUAAAAAGAUUAUACAAAGACACAAUAAUUGGAUGAAUAUAUUUGUGCCACCUUGUACUUACUAACAUGCAACAGUGAAAAGUAUCUUUUCAUUUAUAUAUUGCCAACUUUCCGAAUACCGACCUAAUACAAAAAUGUUAUCGGUACCAUCAUUGAUUGGAAUGGAUUCUGUGUAAAUGUUUACUCAGGCACGGCAGCCCCUCAAACGAAGUACUAAGAACAACGGUAUGCAAUGCGAAAUUGAAAACGGAGCGUGCUGCGUUCCACGAAACGUUGCGGCCUCUAAACGCGAACGAACACUCGAGUUGGUCAACAAACGACAGAGGAAUACGGUACUUGAAAAGUUUUUACUGAUGUUUAGAGGAAAAUUCGCUUUAAAAAUAUUCUUAAUUUAAUUAAUAACAUGAAAACAAAUUGUAAUUUUUUAUAAGAUUUCCGACAGGUUUCAUUGGUAAGGGAUAUAAAAACUAAGUGAUGUAGGUUUGAGGUAAUACAUUUAAGUAAUCAAAAUAUAAGCCUUUAAAAUAUUUAAUCAAAGCUAGAGUAAUGCUGGAAUUAUUUUUGUAAGCUCUUAAAUUGAUUUGUUGGGGAGCACAGUAAUUUAUCGCUGAAUACUUGAGCAGCUGCGUAUCACGAGUGUGCGUCAAUGACAAGCGGCAGAUGGUUGUGAAAGCAGCGCGGGCGCAGGUAAGGGAUUCUGAGAACACCGAAUAUAAUCGCACUACGGGGAACUCGCUCUCGUAUGCCCCAUUCGAAUGUGAAUACAACUUUGGCAUUUUCAUUUUACGAUGCGUUAUUGUGCCCGAUUCUUUAAACCUAAAAUUAAAUUGAAUAGCUGUAUAUUAAUUAACCUUAUGACGCUGUGUAAAAAAUGUAAAAAUAUGAGAAUAUGCAAAAAAGAACACGAAUUUUAUUUUAGCUGUUUAUUAUUAUGUUCUGCAUUAACAGAAUAUUUCAAAAGAGAGAAGAAUCUAUUGCAUAAUAUUCGAGAAUUCAAUAGAUAAUUGGCAAUAUACCGAAUUAAAAACUUACUAUAUGUCUGAUCAUUGUCAGACAGGAAUCUCCUGAGGAAUUUAAAUACUAUAAAAGUGUGAUGUUAUACUUAUAACAAGUGGACCUACAUCACUAUAGAUUAAAUUUAGAUAAGUAUUAACUUUGGUGCCUAUACUUUAUACGAGGUUCAGAAUUUCGAACUUCUUUUAUUUGUCUCAAUAUUUAAAGCCAAAUAAUGCUAAUAGAUCUAUUUUCGGCUAAUUUUAUUUAUAAUUUAUUUAUUUUUCAUGUUUAUUUCAUAGUAUUUGCGUUUAUUGAGCUACUUUAUUUCUAGUUUGUAUUGUAAAUUCAAUGAAGAAUGCCAAAUUACCAGUCAUUGUGGUCUAUUAUGAACAGACUUCUUAGAAUUUGUACUUAGUUUAGUUUUUCAUUGGUCGUUAUGAGUGGAGCGUAGAUAGUGUACACACACUCGUUUGCGUGUGUGAGCCCCUUCAUUGUCACGUCAUCAUCAUCAUUGCCUCUCUCCCCGCGGUCGCGCUCUUCGUCCGCCCGCUUCUUGGAGCGUAGUUUGCGUUGCGCACGACCGGCCUCGCGCUCACACACUUCGCUUUAUUUCGUCGUGUCCACGCCAGUAACGUGGACGAGUUACAUUUAAGAGCUACAGUUUAAUCCAAGUUUAGAUAGAAAAUCAGUUUAUACCGUGUAUGUUAUUAAAAUACCAGGUAUAUAAAUAUCAAGUGACACAGUGUACCUCGAGUAUAGUAUUCUGGAAGCCUUGCGCUAGUGUUUGACGUUUCAAGCGUUGCGUUGGUCAAUGAGUGUAAAUUGUUGGAAACGUGAAUGGAGUUAAACAAGUUAAAAUUUAUUAUAACAGAAAUAGUAGAACGGUCAUGACAUAUGUGACAUAUAUUAUAAACAUUAUCUUGAUAUCGGUGGAGUGCGUAUUAAUAUAAAGUUAUAAAAAAUCGUGGUCUCUGCGGCAAGUGGAUCACACAAUAUUCCACCAAAAAGUGACCAACAAAUGUGUAUAAUAGAAAGAAGAGGAAUAAGAUUCAGUUCAACAAACAUGACUUUAGCAGCUAGACUUCAAAUACAUAAUGCAUGCGUGGAAGUACCAAUCAGUAGCUGGUCUGGUGCGUGUCCUAACUGCCGGCAUGAGCUGCGCGUGUCCCUGGCGGCGUGCCCUGGCAAACGGCCGCCGCACACUCCCCUCACUCCACCCUUCGUUGUUUCGCCCACAUAUUUCACUCCUUAUUCGACGACAUUGCCACCUUUAGACGACAGCUUAAGGAGACUAGAUGAAACAUAUAGAGCGCUCAGGCUUUCGGGCUGGUAUUACGGGCAUUUAGACUGGCAGGGCGCGCGAAGUUUGUUAAAAGAAGCAAGCGUGGGAGCGUUCCUCAUCAGGAAUUCUGGGGAUAGCAAUUUCAUAUUUUCAUUAUCAGUACAGACUGACCGGGGGCCAACCUCUGUGAGGUUACAUUUUGAGGAAGGAUUCUUUAGGUUAGACUGUGACCGGUUACAGGCGCGGUAUAUGCCGCGGUUUCGUUGCGUCGUAGAGUUGAUACAACAUUACACGCGAGUCGGUCAGCGAGGCGCUGGCACGGUGUGGGUAGACAGAGACGGCUGCCCACACUCGCCCGUUCUCCUUUCCACACCUUUGAGGAAAGAACCGCCUUCGUUACUCCACGCGGCCCGCCUCGCAGUCCACAAGGCACUGGACUCCAACCCCCUCAAGCCCAAACUCUGGUGCGCACCCAAACACAGACUACUACCUCUACCAUCGACUCUCAUAGAAUAUCUCGGCGAAUAUCCUUAUUCCGUGUAAUCGUAGAUCUGUAUUAUUUAUUUAGUCGAAUACCGUCUAAUUUUUAGACGUGUUAGCUUAUUCUGAAGUUCAACUUCAUGUCCAACAGCGUUGUGACUGCUGCUCGGGUGAAGUUGGUUUCUAAUAUCAUAAUAUUAUUGUAUUUGAUUUGUACAAAUAUGCAUUGUAUUUUAAGAUAGUCUAGCGCGGGAUGCUAGUAUGAGGGCCGGCACCUUAUUACCGACUAACAAAAUAUUAAUUUAUAAUAGUUUAAAUUGUAUUAUUCAUAAGUAUUCAAUAUGGGACUCAACUAUGGUAUUUAGUGGAAUGUUUAUGCAGAUUAUUUUUGUUAAAACGACUCUCUGUGUAUGUAUAUAAAGAUGUUUUGUGAACGUAUUGCAAGACUGAUUCCUUGAAUGUCUGGAAUGACUGUCUUUUCUGUUCAGUGUCACAUGUUGUAACGAUGGCCCCGUCCUGAUAUUAUAGUUUUCGGCAUAAUACGGAUGGGCCUCCAUUGAUAUUAUUUUAACAAAAUGUUCACUAAUGCCUAAUCUUGUCCAUUGUCUUAAGAUAUCAUCACAUUAUUUUGUAGAAAUAUAUUUUUAUUAUUUAUUUUUCGGUUAAGACUAAGCGUAACUGGUCAGGGUGUGUGACAUGCUAAUUUUAUCUUUGUUCCUAUAAUCAGUAAGUCUUCUUCAAAACGACCGUAGUUCCCCAGGCACGCACGUGCACAAUGCCGAGUUAUAAAUUCUGUUAAUACAUAAAUAAAUAACUAAAGUGCCAUUGGUAAUGUUACAACUACUAAUAUGAAUACACCAAUAUAAAGUAUUUUUGAGGCUGAACAUGUAAAUAGUUUGUUUUGUUUUUCUAUUUAUUUCAUAAUUAUAGUUAGUUUAAUAGCUGCCGUAGAAGAUUACAACCAUAAAAUGGUUAUUAGUAUACUAUGACAUGGUAUUUAUGUGUAGUGGGUGAAGCAUUAAAUAUUGAUGAUCAAUAUAGUAAAUAAACUAUAAUUAUAACUUGAAUAAUCUCAUUUAGUGUAAAAGGUAUCACCAUUGUAUUGGCAUAUUAUUCUGUUACACAAAAUAUAUUGAUAAAAGAGUGGCUACCGUAAAUUGUUUACGCAAAUGAAAAAGGCCUCAUAAAUGUGUUUUUGUCUGCCUGAUUUCCUAAUAUAUGUCUUUUAGUAAAUAUAUAGGUACAUUAUUUACUUUGUGAAACAAGUUUAUUUUUAUACCAUUUUGUAAGCGGAAAGCACCAAUAAAAUAUAAGUGUGACAUAAUAUGAGAAACUUGUGUUUAAAGUAAUGUUUGUAGGCUAAAGUAUUGGAAUAACUACAAAUAAUUUAUAUACAUACAAUACAAAACAAAAAAUAUACAGUCUGCCUAGAGAUA